AGUCAAUCCCUGAAGACAGGAAGGAGGGAAUGAGCAUCGAAUGAAGAAAAAGAAGAAGAUUCAAGCAACCAUCAGCACCAGGAGGAGAAGAAGAAUCAGAAUAAUUACACCCCUUUUUCGCAGCUUCGUUGUUGUCGUUGUUGUUGCUGCGGAGGAGCUAAGUAUCUAUUCUUUCAAUCUAUUCUAUUCUAUCUCACAUCCCUCUUUCUUUCCCCACUUACUCUCUCACACUCUCUCUCACUUUGGUGCUGUCAGUUCAGGAGCCUUUUCUUGUUGUGGUGUGGGAGGGAUUCUUUUUAUUAUUAGCACUGCCUGUCUAUCUAUCUGUCGCUACUUCUUCUACUCCUACUACUACUGCUUCAUUUCAUCUUGGUUGCCCAGUUUCACGUGAUCGUUGCGCUGCUCUUCUGGAUGUUUCAGGAGAUGGGUGGGUUUGAAUCGUGGCAGAUUUUGAUGCUUUAGGGAUUUGCGGUUUGGUGGGGUUGAGCUAGUUUUGUGAUUACGAGGAGUUUUAGGAGGCUCUGAGAAGGUUUGGGAGUUUUUGGUGGGGGGGCAUGUGAGAAGUGAGCAAGAUGGAGGUAGCGAUUAGGUUUGGCGGACAUUUUUAGAUGUGGGAUGCAUGAGAUGGCCACUGCGGGUAUGGUGUGAGAGGACAGGAUGCAGAGCCCAGACUCUCGGCUUGACCAGCAGCUCGUGGGGUUUUGCGGUUCCAAACCUUUGGUACACUGCUGAACUUUUUUGUGACAAGUGGUCUUACAUUCUAUACUAUGAUGUGUAAUGUUUGUUCAGGACCAUUACAAAGUGCUUGGGGUGGAAUAUGAUGCAACCAUCGACUCUAUUCGUACCAGCUAUCUGCGCCUUGCUUUGAAAUGGCAUCCCGACAAGCACAAUGAUGCAUCUGCGGCCACUCUUAAAUUCCAGGAGAUCAACGAAGCAUAUCGAGUCUUAAGUGACCCAUUUAUGCGACACGAGUAUGAUAUGCGAGGAAAUUACGGUCUUCAGGACUACAAUUACACUGAUUACCUCAAGCGAUUUAAGAGCUUGAUAUUGACAUGCAAUGGAUUGGGUAUUGGCAGCCGUCUAGACCGGUGAUAGUGAUUAGGGAAUCAAUGCUUGACAGUGGAUUUGAAGAUGAAUGCUUCACAGUCAAAGAAAUCGUCAGCAGAACGUAUACCUUGAGAACUUCUAUAUGCUCACAAUUGUGCUGCAUUGGUCAAAGGUAACCUUUUAGUCAUAUGCUAUCAAGUUGCUGCGACAUUACAAUUAGUUCUGCGUUAUGCACUCCCGUACUGUAUAGAUGACCGUCUUCUCUACAGUUUGAUCCUUCUUCAACCUACGAAUGGAAUGAAGACGGUUAGGAGUAGGUUCGUCAUUUCUUGAGGUAGAUCAGAAGUGGACAAGCUUAUACUGACAGCUACAGUGUCGCUGCAUUUCGUCUUUACGAUGUUAUUGCUAUGUAGGUGAUGAAACAUCUCGAUACUGGGUUGUCACCAGCAUGUCCAGACCUAUCCUCUCCAUCAAAACAUUAUUUUGACACGUUUUCUCCGCAAUUAAAAACUGCAUAAAUGGAGCAGGUCAACAAGUCAUUUGGCAAAGUGUGACCUGAUAAAAAUCUUGCAGUGA